CACAUGUCUAGUUUGGUCCCCAAUGGUCAAUUGUACAAAACACCUCCACAUAAUAUAAAUACUCUCGUAGAACCACUUUUGUUAUUUAAAAGUUGAAAACUAAUGAACGUGAUAUGACCGAUUCCUCUAUAUUAAUAAAAUACAAUAUGGAAUGCCUGAUUCCACCAAAUUGUAGCAGUUUAACAGAAAAUAGCGGAGUUAUUGAAGAAUUCGACACUUUUACUACUGUAGUUUUUGUUCAGGUGGCGCUUGUAUGGCUAAUUAAGGAAUUAUUAAUACCUCUAAUAACCCCUGUUCUACUGACGGUUAUAUGUUGCCAUUUGUGGGAGGUUUAUAAUGACUGCCAGAGGGAUUCUAAAUCAAACCUGCCUCUCCCACCAGGAGGUUAUGGAUUCCCAGUGUUCGGAGAAACUCUCGGAUUCUUAAUUCAGGGCAAAGCAUUUUUUGAUAAAAGACGAGAAAAAUUUGGUACACUAUAUAAAACUCAUUUGUUAGGGAAACCAACUAUUCGUGUAAUUGGAGUACAGAACGUGAAAAGAAUUUUGGCUAGUGAAAAUGAUCUUGUGACUGCUCAAUGGCCUACAAGUACCAAACUACUACUUGGGGAUGGAAGUCUGACAGGUUCAAGUGGCAAUAUCCAUAAUCUCAGAAAAAAAGCACUGUUCAAAGCAUUUAGUAAUACAGCAUUAGAGGAAUACACUCAAGUUAUUCAAAGUAUAACUAAAGACUGCAUUGAACACUGGUGUACACAAGAAAACAUCCUUUCACAUCAAGAAUUCAAAAGUCUGACAUUUGAAAUUGCAUGCAGAGUACUUCUUGGUAUAAAGAUGAACAAAGUCGAAAAAACAGAGUUAUUAGGUCAUUUUGAUACUUUCCUAUCAAAUUUGUUCAGUUUACCGAUGCAGAUUCCUGGACUUGGACUUUACAAGGGUCUCAAAGCAAGAACUAUUUUGCUAAAUAAAAUAGGAGAAUGUAUUCAAAAGAAAGAAAAACGUGGCUCUUGUGAUGCCUUCCAAGACGCACUCAGUCUUCUGAUGGAUAUGUCAGGUACAGGCAGACUUUCAGUGACAGAAAUUAAGGACGUUGGACUGGAACUUCUGUUUGCAGGUCAUGAAACUACAGCAAGCGCAACAGUAACUAUCAUUCUGCAAUUGACCAAAAACAAAGAUGUUGUUAGCAAAAUUAAGGAAGAACUAAAGUCUUUUGGAAUGAGUCACAGUAAUUAUGGCGAUCUAAACUUUGAAACUUUAAACAAAAUGAAAUACUUAAACAACGUAGUGAAGGAAGCUAUCCGAAUUACACCACCUAUUGGAGGAGGUUACAGAAAGGUCCUUAAAACAUUUGAAAUCGACGGAUACCAAAUUCCGAAAGGCUGGACAGUUGCUUAUAGCAUAAGAGACACGCAUGAACUUGGUAACGAAUUGGUUUUAAAUCCAGAUGAAUUCGACCCCGAUCGUUGGGAAUCUUUGCAAAGACGUGAUAAUGAACAUUUUGUGGCAUUUGGAGGUGGUAGAAGAGGUUGUGCAGGGAAACAGUUCGCGUUACUUAUUCUGAAAAUAUUCACUCUUGAAAUUGUGCGAUCUUGUCAAUGGACAAUACCGAAUAUCAAUCCAAAGAUGAAAAUUAUACCAGUUCCUCAUCCCGCUGGUGAUUUACCUGCACAAUUUACAAGAAUAGACUAGAAUUGAAAAUAAACAUGAUAAGUCAAUUACCCGGUGUUUGAGAAAUCCAUAUUAAAAUGCUCUCAAGUUUGUUUUUGUUAUCUCAGGGAUAUUUAUUUAUUAUUUUUGUAUGCAUGCCUGCAUUUUUGAUCACGUUUAUUACAUGUAUGAUAUAACUUAUUUGUUUUUUUGUAAAUAAAUGAAUAAUGCCUAGUAAAAUUUGAAAUGAAA